CCUCGCAGAUUGCCGUAGUGACAUCAUCAAAAGGUGACCCAAGAACCUUGAGGCGCUCCUACUUAUCUUUAUAAACUGUUUAAAUUACGCAGGAGCGAUACAGGUGUCAAAUAAAAAAGAGAAGCCCAACAGGAUGGCCAGUGUGCUCUGUAGCAGAGCCAGGAUGGUUACAUACCUGCCAGGGCUUCACGUUCUUGUGCGGAACAUAGCAGGAACCAGAUGUUUUUCAGACGCACGUAACAUCAAUGUCACACCCCUGGAUAUGGGACCGAGGACGGUGUGGCCCGAUGAGACCAUGGGUCCGUUUGGUCCUCAGGAUAAACGCUUCCAGCUUCCCGGUAACAUAGGAUUUGCCAGGGAGCUCGAAGACUUGGCAGAGCAGAAGCCAGGCCUUGCGUGUACAUCACUACCGGACGUGCUGACAGUUCCGUCUAACACCGAGAGGCACGAGUUCAUCCUGGCACAGUUCAUCACCGACUUCCACGAGAACGCAGAGGCUUCAUCAGUGCUCGACAAGGUCGACAGUGCAGAGCAGUUUUUCAACCAUUCCAGAGUUGAGUGUGCUGUUCAGUCCUGCCCAGAACUGCUGAAAAAAGACUUUGCGUCAAUGUUUCCCGAAGCCCCGUCUAGCGGCAUGAUGGUGCUGACUGUAACACAGAGAACAGAGAAUGACAUGACCGCCUGGUCUGAGGAGGUGGACAAGGAGAGAGAGCAACUGCUGGCUAAAUUCAUCGAAGGGGCAAAGGAGAUCUGCUACGCUCUGCACUCAGAGGGCUUUUGGGCCGACUUUAUCGACCCUUCGUCCGGACUUGCGUUUUUCGGCUCUUACACCAACAACACGCUGUUCGAAACAGACGAGCGUUAUCGCCACCUGGGUUUCCAGAUCGAAGAUCUCGGAUGCUGUAAAGUGAUCCGUCACUCUCUGUGGGGCACUCACGCGUUCGUAGGAACCGUUUUCACCAACGCGCCGCCCGGCAGCAACGUCAUGAAGAAGCUGCAAGGAAAUUAACGCAUCAAGCACUUGAAUAUCGUUCGUCUGUUGGGAGUUCGUCUGUCGAUCUAUUUAUUUUUGUAGAGGAAUAUAAAGUAAAAAUCAUGCAGAUUAGAUCGAUUUCAUGCUGCUUGAUUAUUGAGAACUGUUAAAAAUCUACCCUUGUUCUGUCCUUAAUGCCUUUUCAUUUACCGUCACAAAAGAUUUGGCAGGAUUUUUUGUAAUGUUUUGUUGUUGUGGUAAUUAAUCGACCAGCUUUGAGUUUAUUAUGAAUUAAAUGGAAUCAGGAUUCUGGCCAAUAUUUUAUAGUAGAUGUGUCGUGUCUUUAAAAUACGGUUUGUAUGGCUGGAACAGUGUGCACUGACAACAGGUCCAGAAUAUAUUUUGGGGAACAAGGUAUAGAUUUAUCAUUAGAUGACGUUCUACUCACUAUAGAUCGUUUCUGUCAGACACAACACACACAACCAGCAAUUAUAGAAUAAAAUAAUUUAACCCUGCGAAGUGCCGUUUAAUAUUACACUCGAUUUAACCAAAAUGGACAAAUAAACAGGUGCUAUUUA